AUGCCGCGUGGGUUAACGGGGACCAGUUUGGAUGGUAUACUGCGCGUUGAAGCUAGGGAUCCACCCAACGGGUCGCUCUGGGAUCGUCCCACAGUUGUUCAACACCACCCGUUUCAGCCAAGAGUUAUCGUCAUAAUCCCCACUUCAAUUCCAGUGAGACGUGUAGACAACGCAAGGUCAAAUGCAAUGAAGAAAGGCCUGUCUGCGGGCCGUGUGCCAAAGCCUCUCGUGAUUGUGUCUUCUCAAACUGCAUUUUCCGUUACUAUAGCGCCGCCGAUUUUUGCAAUCGCGCGGGGGACCAUUCUAGCCGUGAAAGAGUACCGACUCACCUUUGUCCAGGUCAGAGAUCCUUUCGCCGACGAGGAACUGACAAACGUCCCAGAUGAUAAUCAUCUGGUAACCCCUCCUUCAACAGUACCAACUGUUGAGGAUGCGAUCCCGAGUUCUACUAGCAGCACUGCACCGCCGGAAAAGGAUGGGGCCUUGACGGCAGUGUUACUGCAGCAUUUCAAAGAAUGCCCCAGUCAAUGGUUGGACUGCUUUGACUCCGAUGCUUAUUACUCUGCAAAGAUACCCGUCAUGGUGGCUACUCAGCCAAUGCUGAAAGCCGCCGCUUGCGCUCUCGCAGCAAAGCAUCUACACCGAAUAUGCCGGGGAGAUCCAACCCGGAUCUUACAGCUUCCCCACAUGCGUAACAGCCCAUUGCAGUGGACUAUCAGAGAAAUGGACUGCAGAUAUGAAUCAGUGCGCUUCUAUGACCAGACGAUUCAUUAUUUAAAAGCAGCAAUUUUGUUGGAAAUCCCUGACAAUCAGCGCGAGGAAAUAUUUGCAGUUGUUGCUAUUCUCUGGGAAUUGAGCAAGAGCCCAACAUCUGCUCUACCUAAUUCCCUGAUGCACAUCUCUCGCUCCGUAUUCUGGAGUCUCGUCCGGCAGGAUUGUCUCUCAGCGUGUAGGUUUCUCAUCAUCAGCUAUUCUUCCGUUUGCCGCUGCCCGAUCUCAUUCAACCCGGGAACAGUUAUCAACGAAACCCAGACUCGCCUUAACCUCUCUGAUCUUGUUCUCUGGCGCAACUUCGGCCUCAUUAUCUCCUCCUCCGGCCAUUUUUUACCCCCAUCUGCCUCUCCGGCUAUGGCCUCUCCCUCUCCAAGCCCUCUCGCCUUUCCUCUCCCCCUUCCUCCCCCGGCGCACACCUGGCUCUGUGAAGACAUGCUCAGCAACGCCCUAAUCUGGAUCAUUAGUAAGAUUAUCAAUUUCAUUACCAGCGGCGACGGGAUUACUCCGGGCGACUUUGAAAAUCCCCGGGGCCAACGUCCGUGCUUCGGCACCACGCAGGAGGAGCUCCUGGCACGGUGGAAGCGUCUCGACAUUGAGCUCCGUGCCUGGUAUGACACUGUACCCCGCUCGUUCACCCCCUGCGCGCGUAGCCGACUUUUUCUCUCCAAUGCCGUGCCGAUCCCGCGCACCGCAUCCGCUCCUGCGGCCGCAAACGUCGCCACAAACACCACCUCUACGGAUACCAUCGACGCCAUCAUCUUCACCGUCCCUAUGUGCGCCGUUACCAUGCAAACCUACCACAUGGCGCGCGUUCUGUUGUUGACUAACAUGCCACAAGAAUCAACGGCAAUCCGGUCAACAGCACGAUUGCGCUCCUAUCGUCGGAUCGCGGAAUUGGCAGUGCGUCACGCGCGUGAGAUUUGCGGUAUUAGUCUGGGCGGGUUACCCGACGCAAUCCUCCCGCACACGGUGCAGCCGUUAUUUGUAGCAGGGCAGUGCUUCGAGCAGGACUCGGAGCGGCAGUUGGUAGUCGAUCUGUUGCAGCAGGUGGAAUGCGAUUCCGGGUGGGCAACUAAAUAUAGGAUUCAGGAUUUGCAGCGGCAAUGGGCGGAGACACGGGUUGGAUAA